AUGUGGACCUUGUGGACUGGAGACUGGAGUGAACCAGCCAGUAUUCCACGCCAAGAAGUAAUAGUUAGGUAUUUCCAGACCGAAAUCUCGAGCUGUGUGCUGUCGACUAACCAUGAUAACGUUAUAACGAGUAGGAGCAACCCCAGUACUGGCAGUAGUACAGUUGAUAAAUCCUCUUGUACAGUAUUCAGUGAUUUACAUGUAGAUCAUCUACUGCGUUAUUAUCCGACGAGGGCAAGGGUUGCGGUGGCAGACUGCUGGAGUGGCGAAUACACCAACCUGAAUCAUUGUGCGUGGUCACUGAUACUGGGUGACUUCUAAAGAACCGGCCGCUGUGAAUGUCCAGUUUUCCGUCUCUCCUGCUGUACCACAGUGUACAUCACGGUUCUAGUCGAGAACUGGGAAAAACGCCGCAAGUGAAGAGUCACGCGCAGUACCGAAUCAUCCUCGUCAUCACCUGGCUUGCUGGCACCAAUCGUCCGCGUGCCUUCCGAACGGCGGGCUCGCCGGUACAAUGGCCAUCACGUCCUAAAUUGGCGAUAUCAACAACCUGGUGGGCACACAACCAAAACAUUGAUGAUCAUCACAUCAAACAGUGCCUGCAGUAGGUGCAGUGAUUGACAAUGUCACAGUCAGAGGACCCAUUCAAGCAUCCGGAUUUCUUAUCCAACAUCCUACUAUGGAUCGGUAAAUUGGAUGCUGACCAAUUUCGACGUGCCGUGCAGAGCAAGGGCUUCUUCACUGAUGUAGCACAACUACAGGAGCUGCAGCGCGUAAAGAAGUACGAAGGAAAUGAACCUCACAAUUCUCAAAUCAUCAACAUUAUCCAACCUGGAGGCGAGCUUGCCUACAGGCUACUCUGCGAUGCAAUCCGUGAAAUGUCUCCACUACACGACAACAUGUACCGGAAGAUGAUUAUUCUACUGCCCGAAGACCAGUUAGGCACUACGGACGACCAGCUAGGAACUACGGACGUUCCAGAGCAUUCCUUUACUAGCAGUGCAAGCAACGUCACAAUCAGAGGCAAUGUUGAUACAGCUGCAGCCAACAGCAGAGCUACCAAUGGCACAGUGACAUGCGAUGCACUGGCAAUGCCGGACGAUGAAGCAGUAAUUGAUGAUGAACGCAAUCCGCAUCACGUUAGACAUCUGCACACCACGAAAAUACACUCGUGCGCAACGAGCGUGGAUCACUCAGAUCUCAUGUGCUGUGCCACACAUCCAGUGCACUCGCCCACUUGCAGCUUCAGCAACACAGCUACCGACGGUGCAGUGAUACGUAAUCAUGUGACACUGGCAAUGAAUGAUGAUGUAGCAGACAAUGGUGGUGGGCACAUUCAAUGUCUUAAACAACAUCUGGACAGAGUGAAUACACAUCUGUGCUUGAUGACCGCUGAUCUUUCAGAUCCAACUUGCUUGUCCGGCAAUGUCAAGGAUUGCUUCGUGUCCAUGCAGGCUCUGACGGAGAAAGAUGCUCUGCAGCUGACGUAUCGUGCGCAACAACCUGCAACUCUCAAUGUCACUGGAAGACACCCAAUAUCUGACCGUACACCAGGCGUUGCUAUCCCAGGAGCUAGACAAGACAAGAAUGGCAAAGUGGAAGGAAGCUCUUUUCUUCUGUCAAGCGCUAAGCAGGUCUUGUCUUAUUUCCGUUGUCAUGAUGAUGUAACUGACAAAGGCAAAAGUGGAGUUGGUGUUGACACAAUUGACGCAGGUGUUCUGGAAAGUUGCUUUGUAAUUGGCAACGCUGGACAGGGAAAGACAACACUUUGCAAACGAGUCAUCGUCGAAAUCAUGGAGACAACAACUGGGAAUCUGGCAAAGAUUAAAUUCAUUUUCUACGUGCCAUGUUGUUAUGUGGAACGUUUACAAUCGGCAGAUUGGGGUGUAUUUCUGGGACUGGACCAUUUGCGGAUCAGUGCACACGAGCAAUCUGAACUGCUCCAUUACCUGUCAGAGCAUUCCGAUCAGGUAUUGAUCGUUAUUGAUGGCAUCGACGAACUUGGCAGUGAUGGGUUGGGGAACAAAUCAGUAGCACGCGCUGUACUACGGAGAGAAAGAUCACUCCUACCAGAUGCUAUCAUCUUUGCAACUAGUCGGCCAUGUUCUACAUCUUAUGGGCUCGUCUCAAACUUCAGAUUGCGUUUUCGACUUGUAGGUUUCUCACGAGCUCAGCUGAACGAGUUUGUCUAUCGACACUUGGGUGAAGAGGAAGGUUACCGGUGCAUAGAAGAGUUGUGCCAAACUACCCAUUAUUCAAUGUACGAAGCUAUUCGUAGGACACCGCUCCUGUGUGUGUUACUCGUUCAACAAUAUGCCAUCACUUGUUCAUUUCCAGGGAGCAUCGCUGCAUUACUUGAGCAGUUUUUGUACUCGACCGUAUACAAGCUAGAACUGCGGCGUGGAAAGAAGUUUGGCAAAGUACGACUUACUCGUGCUGUAACUAGUCAUUUGCAUGGUAUGCGGAAGUUUGGACAGGAACAGUUAGUUGACAUUGAAACUGUGAUCUGCCAUCAACUGGAAGGAGAUGUAGAUGACAACGUGGGUGAUGUGGACUGUGAUUACCAUGCAGUACAAUUAGUUAAUGCUUUGAAAGCGCUGUAUGAACUAUGCCUCAAACAAUACCAGCUUGGUGCUGCAGCAUUCAAAGUAGCGCACACAAACCACCAUCUAAGAGUAUAUCAAAACCUUGGAUUAUUAGUGACUGCUGGUGGUGAUAUUAAUGCAACCAUGAAUUCUUCGUGCCUUGUGUCACUGGCACAUUUGACCAUCCAGGAAUAUUGUGCAACACGUGCCAUUGUGUCAUCCAGCAGCUGUGUAGAGGACGCCAAACACUGUAUCAGCACUAUUGGCCUUGGCACGAACACACGCGUGUUCUGGAAGUUUCUAUUUGGUUCAUUGAGACCAGAGUUGCUGUGUCCUAUGCUAGAUGCCAUCCAGGGUUCGUCAAGAUUUUCAAAUGGCAAAGUAAGCAAGAUGAUGCUGCUGUUCUUGAUGAAUUGCCUUCAGGAAAGUCGCCUGUCACUGGAGAGGGGCAUACUCUCAUCGGAAGUCUACAUUGAGCAGGCCUCGUACAAUGCCAAGUUACGUACCUACUUUGAAUCGGCCUCCAAAUUGCUGGCAGAGGAUGGCAUUGAUGUUGAAGGUGUCCCGCUUGAAGCCAUUGACGCAAUGGCAAUACAUAACACGCUGCAUUUCAUUGACCUGGUUAAGAUGCUGAACGUCAGCCGCUGCAACCUGCCCAGUGAUGUCAUGUGUUUGCUAUCCAGCCAACUGAGCAAGUGUGUGGAGGUGCACAUCGGUCGCAAUGAUCUUGAUGGGGCGCCACUGAGAUGUAUUUCAAGUGGUCUUCUAUCGUCUGAAUCAACGCCACAUCUCCAGGUUCUUGACGUUAGCAAUACAGCUUUGACGAGCAGACCGGUGGCUGGAGCGACACUUGCAACAUGUGUAAACUACUCAGGUCUAGUGCAGCUCAACGCAUGCAACACCUGUCUUGGAAAUGACGGCCUCUCCGCAUUUGUGACCUACUUGAUACCAUGUACAAACCUUACAGUGCUGUCAAUGGCAUACUGUGAUCUGUACAAUGGAUGUGGGUCUGACUUGACAACACUGGUCACAAAGCUGCCUCACCUUGAACAAUUACGGCUUGAUAACAACUCACUAUCCAACAGUGAGUUUUCAUGCGUACUGUCCGGCCUGCGCUCCCAUGACAUGAUACGUCAUCUUCACUUUGAGAACAACAAAGUUAAUGAUGCUGUUAUCGCAAGUAUUAUUGACUUUCUGCAAGCGCGUCGCCACCGUGAACCUGCCAAGAUGUCAGGCAACGUCCUACGCAGGCUAUGGACAUCCAUGUAUGAGAAUUAUGCGAGUGGCACUACUGGUGGUGCUGCAACCAGCCAUCUCCCAGCACUACCAACAUGUGCUAUUUAUCUCACUGGCUGUGGUGUUACAGUUCGUCUGCUGCAGAAAGUGACUGAAUCUCGACAAUGUGGUGGUGACAUAGUCGACAUUGGCAGCCGCUAUGCUACUGGUGCUUCAGUAGAGACGAGAUCAUUUGAUGAUCUGGUCAGUUCAUGCGGUGGUGGUGCAUUCCAUGACAUGGUUGAUGACUCCAUGAUGAUACCGCUUGGCAACUACCUCACAGUCAACAAUGACUUAGAUCUACUUGACAUCUCUGCCUGUGGGAUCACGGAUACUGGAGCAAUCACGCUAGCUACAUCCGGCCUUGCUCGCAACACAAGCAUCAAGUGUAUCAACGUGGAUGGCAAUAGGAUACAGCUGGCUGGUGUUGCGGCCUUGCUGCAGGCACUAUCAAUACCAAGGUCCCAAGUCAAUGCACUGAGUCUGGCUGGAAACCCAGUGUUUCAUGAUCCACAUCCCAGCCAUGCUGUUUGCCAACUGCUUCUCGACCUUCUCUCGGACGCUCACCGCCUACGUGUAAUUUCAUUUGCCGGUACGGGCAUGUGUGAUGAGGUCGGUGCAGGUAUUCUAAGAGCUCUCCGCAGUCACACAUGCAUUGGUUGGCUGGAUAUGUCGUGCAAUGACAUCGGCCGUGGCACAGUGCGUGCACUGGUUGAGAUGAAGAAGUCUAACACAAGCUUGAAAGUGAUUUCCCUUGUUGAGUGCAAGAUCACCCACAAUGACGUUAACCUCCUGCUUCACUCACCUGGUGUCAUGAGUACCGGUAUGGACAAAGUAUACUUGUGCAAAAACCCAUGUUCGCCCGAUCCAUUUCGACAACCGCUGGACAAUACUGCUCCAUCCCUUAGAAUGGCAGACAUCCUCGAGUAUAUCUCCUAAUGGUUUCCAAUAGCUGAAUUCAACAACGUGACACGGUUCGUCUCAUUUCUGAGCAGUCCGCCUCAUCCUGCAGCAGUACAUCUUAUCUCUUGACAGCCCGCCCCAUCUAUUGACUGUCCGCCUCAUGCCUGAGCCGUCUGCCUCAUCCUGCAGCAGUCCGUUUCAUGUCUCAGCACUCCACAUGAUCCCGCAGUAGUCUGGCUUUAGCUUUUCCAAAGGCAAGUCCAUUUCAUCCCUCAGCACUCCACCUCAUCCCUCGUCAGUUCACAUCAUCCCUAGGCAGUCCACCUCACCCCUCGUCUCUUCACAUCAUCCUUCGUCAGUUCACAUCCCUCAGCACUCCGCCUCAUGCUUCGGCAGUCUGCCUCAUCUUUCAUCUGUUCACAUCAUCCCUAUGCAAUUCACCUCAUCCCCAGGGAGUUCGCCUCAUACCUCGACAGUCUACCUCGAGCUCCGGCAUUUUACCUCAUCCCCAGGCAGUCCAUAUCACAUCUCAGCAGUCUACUUCAUCCCUCGGCACUUCACCUCAUGCCCUGGCAGUCUAUCUCGUCCAUUGCUAAUUAGAUUCAUCCCUCAGCUUUACACCUCAUCGAUUAUCAGUCCACCUCAUCAUCCCUCAGCAGCCUGCCAUGUUAUUCGGCUGCCUGCCGUUUCCCAAAGUUGUCAACCUCAACCCCAGGCAGUCCACCUCAUCCCCAGGCAGUCUACCUUAUCCCCAGGCAGUUCACCUCAUCCCACUCCAGUUCUCCGGAUUUGUCAGCAGUUUACCUCAUGCUGCUGCAGUCAAACUCGUCUCCCGGCAGUGUACCGCAUAUGGCAGCAGUCUACCUCGUGCUGCUGGAGUGCAGCUCGUCUUUCAGCAGUCCGCUACAUACAAUCGCAGUGUGCCACAUGCAGCAACAGUGCACCUCGGACCACUGCAAUUCACCUCGUCUCUCAGCAGUCCGCUACAUGCAAUCGCAGUGUGCCACAUGCAGCAACAGUGCACCUCGGACCACUGCAAUUCACCUCGUCUCUCAGCAGUCCGCUACAUACCAUCGCAGUGUGCCACAUGCAGCAACAGUGCACCUAGUACCACUGCAAUUCACCUCGUCUCUCAGCAGUCCGCUACAUACCAUCGCAGUGUGCCACAUGCAGCACCAGUGCACCUCGUACCACUGCAAUUCACCUCGUCUUUCAGCAGUCCGCUACAUACCAUCGCAGUGUGCCACAUGCAGCAACAGUGCACCUCGGACCACUGCAAUUCACCUCGUCUCGCAGCAGUCCGCUACAUACAAUCGCAGUGUGCCACAUGCAGCAACAGUGCACCUCGGACCACUGCAAUUCACCUCGUCUCUCAGCAGUCCGCUACAUACCAUCGCAGUGUGCCACAUGCAGCAACAGUGCACCUAGUACCACUGCAAUUCACCUCGUCUUUCAGCAGUCCGCUACAUACCAUCGCAGUGUGCCACAUGUAGCAACCAUGCACCUCGUACCACUGCAAUUCACCUCGUCUCUCAGCAGGCCGCUACAUACCAUCGCAGUGUGCCACAUGCAGCAACAGUGCACCUCGUACCACUGCAAUUCACCUCGUCUCUCAGCAGUCCGCUACAUACCAUCGCAGUGUGCCACAUGCAGCAACAGUGCACCUCGUACCACUGCAAUUCACCUCGUCUUUCAGCAGUCCGCUACAUACCAUCGCAGUGUGCCACAUGCAGCAACAGUGCACCUAGUACCACUGCAAUUCACCUCGUCUCGCAGCAGUCCGCUACAUACCAUCGCAGUGUGCCACAUGCAGCAACAGUGCACCUCGUACCACUGCAAUUCACCUCGUCUUUCAGCAGUCCGCUACAUACCAUCGCAGUGUGCCACAUGCAGCAACAGUGCACCUCGUACCACUGCAAUUCACCUCGUCUCGCAGCAGUCCGCUACAUACCAUCGCAGUGUGCCACAUGCAGCAACAGUGCACCUCGUACCACUGCAAUUCACCUCGUCUUUCAGCAGUCCGCUACAUACCAUCGCAGUGUGCCACAUGCAGCAACAGUGCACCUCGUACCACUGCAAUUCACCUCGUCUCGCAGCAGUCCGCUACAUACCAUCGCAGUGUGCCACAUGCAGCAACAGUGCACCUCGUACCACUGCAAUUCACCUCGUCUCGCAGCAGUCCGCUACAUACCAUCGCAGUGUGCCACAUGCAGCACCAGUGCACCUCGUACCACUGCGAUUCACCUCGUCUCGCAGCAGUCCGCUACAUACCAUCGCAGUGUGCCACAUGCAGCAACAGUGCACCUCGUACCACUGCAAUUCACCUCGUCUCGCAGCAGUCCGCUACAUACCAUCGCAGUGUGCCACAUGCAGCAACAGUGCACCUCGUACCACUGCAAUUCACCUCGUCUCGCAGCAGUCCGCUACAUACCAUCGCAGUGUGCCACAUGCAGCACCAGUGCACCUCGGACCACUGCAAUUCACCUCGUCUCUCAGCAGUCCGCUACAUACCAUCGCAGUGUGCCACAUGCAGCAACAGUGCACUUCGUACCACUGCAAUUCACCUCGUUUUUCAGCAGUCCGCUACAUACCAUCGCAGUGUGCCACAUGCAGCAACAGUGCACCUCGUACCACUGCAAUUCACCUCGUCUCUCAGCAGUCCGCUACAUACCAUCGCAGUGUGCCACAUGCAGCAACAGUGCACUUCGUACCACUGCAAUUCACCUCGUUUUUCAGCAGUCCGCUACAUACCAUCGCAGUGUGCCACAUGCAGCAACAGUGCACCUCGUACCACUGCAAUUCACCUCGUCUCUCAGCAGUCCGCUACACAUACAUGUACUACACUACACAGCAGUCUACUGCAUCCUCUGCUGUACGCCACACCCUGCAGCAGGUCGCAACUUCAUCCACAUACGUCUGCUGGCAUUGGUCUCUCUGGUCUGAACAUCAGUACAAUGUGACACUGAUUGGGCAUGUGCGGCAGACACGAGGCUGCCUGAUCAUGAGCGUCAUUCUCAACUUUAUCAACAGCAUCCUGGUGGCGGUGGCGUGCAAGGUGCACCGCAAGUGCAUUGUGAUGAUGAUCGUGUUCCUGAUGCAAACUUGCCCGAUGUUUCCUGAUAGCUGGUGCACUGGUAACGGCACACAACUGGAUAACGGCCGGUACGUGGAGAGAUUUUAACGAGUACGACUUCUGCUUCUGGUGGUCGUGCUACUUGCUGGGCCCGUAUUUCUGCCCCUUGCUCAUGUCCCUGUGGAGCGCCUGCACGUCUAGGACACACAGCCUGGUGCAGCGUGAGAGCGAUGAUGAUAGCACCGACGUACACGAUGAUGAUGAUGAGGGAUUCUCGGCAACCGGUGCCCAUGAAAGCAAGCCUGUUGAGCUGGAUGAUGUACGCCCGAGCAACAAGAAACCAGUGGUCAUGGUCAACACCAUCGAGUCGGCUCAAGUGUAAUCCAGCUUGCAGCCGUCUACCUCCGAGUCGAUCUUCACGAUGACAUUCCUUCACUGUGAUUGUUAUCUCUUUACCUGCAUGACAUCAUUGCAUUUCACUAUGAUGUCACUGCUGACGUCAUGCCCUAAGCACCCAGGCAGGGUAAUGAGAGGAUCAUUGACAUGAACAUGCAUUCCCUGAUUUCUGGUCAUGACACUGUGUGUGCUGAGCUCUGCUAAGAAGACUGUUACUACAUUGUACAUUGUACUAACGUUACUACAUUGUACAUGGCUAAUACUGCUUGUGGUGUACUUUUCUACAGGCCAUGCGUAAUUUACUAAUAGUAAGAAUUGAUUCUAGGGUUUUAACUAGGUAACUUGUACGUCCAGCGGCAUGUAUUCAGCAGUGGCGUCACGGAUACUAGGUUUUGCAGCAUGUGACCGCCACAGCAUAGACAUGAGAUGGAUACCCCUAGUCAGCGCCGCUUGCCGCAGUUUGAGCGCGGCCGUGCUCGAUCAUCUGCCGCAUGCAUUGUCGCGGCUUACCCCAGUGAUUAUGUUCAUGCAUGGCAGUUAAACCCUAGGCCCUCAUUUGUCCGGAUCCGUCUAUUCAGUUACUUUGAUUUAUAUCAUGGCUAACAUUCUCCUUAUAGCCAGUCUGCGGCCUGGGUUGGAUUCAGGGCUUCAGCAACAUCUUUUCGUUCUCGUUUCUCUUCUCGCUUUUUACGUCAAUACCUGUAAGUAUGGUGACCAAGGAGUAUCCAGAGAAAGCAUUUUACUUUGUUACUUUUCUUCCGGCAAUUUGCAUGGUUUUAAAACAAUUUUGGUGUACAUGUCUAUACUGGUA